GGGGUAGUAGUAGUAGGGCAGCUAGUACUAGCUACUAGACGCAAGGCAGGCAUCACGCAAGUCACGGGGAGAUACUUCUCAUUCUCGCGACGACUCGUGCUGACUGCUUCGUCACCAACUCAACGGAUUCCAUUUCCGCCGCCCCCGCGCCGCAUCAUUCGUUGCCAGCGCCCCACGCAAAUCCCAAAUCCCAAACCCCGCGGCGAUGGCCACCGUCGCCCAGCCCGACCCCAGCAGCAGCAGCCGCCGCACCGCCGCUCUUAUACGCCGCAGCGGCAGCGUCCUGCUCGAGCAACCGUAUUAUUAGCCACGGCCCCGCACGCCCGCUUGAUCCGCCUGCUGCGCGCGCGCGAGUUUUUUUUUUUUCCUUUUUUCCUGUUGGUGUUGCGCGGUGGGCGAGAGGUGUUGGGGGGAAGAUGCUGGGGUCGGGGCUGAAUCUGGUGACCACGGUGAUCGGCUUCGGGAUGAGUGCCACCUUCAUCGUCUUCGUCUGCGCGCGCCUCAUCUGCGGCCGCGCCGCGCGGGCCGACGCCGAGGCCGACGCCGCCGAGGGCAGGGUCGCGGCCGCGCGGGCCAUGGCGGCUGGCCCCGCGCCGUUCGACUUCGACGUCGAGUUCCGGGCCACGGAUCUCGACCGCACGAUUGAGCAUACCCGUAGUGGAUUGGAACCUUUUGUUGUUGCUGCAAUUCCUACAAUGAAGUACAGCUACGAGGCCUUCCAAUCAAAAGAUGAUGCCCAGUGCUCCAUAUGUUUAGGUGAAUACAAUGAGAAAGAGAUUCUGCGCAUCAUGCCCAAAUGCCGUCAUAAUUUUCAUCUUUCCUGUAUAGAUGUAUGGUUACAAAAGCAAACUACUUGUCCGAUAUGCCGGAUCUCAUUGAAGGACCUACCCAGUGGAAAACCUGCCGAGUCCCCUGUCCGUAGUCUCCCUCAACUAUUCAGCCACCCUGAAAGCUCAGUGAGUCGAUCACCUCAUUGGAUACUUCCUAUCCAUCGUGAUCGUACUGGAGGUAGAGAAAGCAGCCCGGCUUCACAAGAAACAGUAGAGGUGGUCAUUGAAAUCCAACAAGAAAUGCACUGAGGACAUGGAUGUAUAGAGGCGAGAUAUCGAUAGAAGUUGAUGAAACUAUUUUGUUUUUCGGUUGAGCAACAAAGAUAUCUUCUAUUGCAGAAACGCCGUGCGUUCUUCCAGCAGCAGGGCAGCACGUACACGGCUUUGGCACAGAAUUGCAAGGAAUUUGUUUACGACAGGACUGGAUUUUAGGCAUUCUUUGUACAUUUGAGGGUGUAGAUUAGCGGGUUGCCUUUUGCCCCUCUGUUCAUUUUUUAUGUGUCCUUGAUGUAUAGUGUAAAAGGAAGCAUUAACAAUACUGAUCAGAUUCGGGGCCGCGAAAAUAUUUGUAGCAGCGCCGUUGUUCAGAUAUCAUCAGUUUAUCACUGCUAUCUUCAGCUUGAA